GCUAGACGUGAAGGUAGAACUUCUGUGGAUGACAUCGAUUUGACUUCACGUGCAGAAAGCUGAUGAUUCAGAUCCUUCAGAGGCUAUUGAAUUUGCAAUGGUAUUCAAUUUAUCGGACUUGAGAACUAACACGGCCCAGCCAAGCCCAGCUCUCCUGCUUUCAGUCGUUUAUUUCGACGACGAGUCACGUGAUUAUCGAACCGUGUCACUUCAGGAGCGGCCCCAACAUGUCGGACGUGUAUAAUCUCAAACUCUUACUGAUAGGUUUGUGAUCAUAUUUGCAUUCCACUUUAUUAACUAAUAGUGCUUUUAUGUUUUCACUAUUUCGCCGACCGGGUGAUAGGUAUGUGAUCUCACGAGUUUCCACUGUGAGUCCGCAGGCCUUGUUGUGUCUUUAUCCAGGCAAUUCUUCUGUGGGGAAAUCCAGUCUUCUCUUGAGGUUUGCGGACGAGACUUGGCUCGACGAGGAUGAGAGCCAUGCGACAAUUGGGGUCGACUUUCGGGUACAUCGAGUGCAAGUCAAGGAUGGAAAGAAGGCGAAACUCAGCAUCUGGGACACAGCAGGGCAGGAGAGGUUCCGAACUAUAACGUCUUCUUACUACCGUGGGGCCCAAGGGAUUAUUUUGGUCUACGAUGUUUCUAACAGGGAGUCAUUUGAUGCCCUGCCACGAUGGUUCUCGGAAAUGGAGUCCUACGUCUCUCCUUCUGUUGUUAAGAUCAUAGUUGGGAAUAAGGUUGAUAAGGAAUAUUCACGAGCUGUCUCCCCAGGAGAAGGUCGGAGAUUUGCUGAAAGGAUGAACUCCCUUUUCAUAGAGGCCUCUGCUAAGACAGCAGUUGGAGUUCGUCAAGUAUUCAUUGACCUUGUCGAAAGGAUUAUUGAUACCCCUGAGCUGUGGUCAGCUUCGGCUCCCCGUGGUAUACCCAAUCAGCCUGGUGUUGCUAUGCCUGGGAAUAUCUCCCUCACUCAAGUAUCUGACACCUCGGAACCUUGGGCUUGCUCCUGUUAGAAACCUGACUGUGUGCAAACUACGUUUCUUUGGCGUAAAUGUUUAUACCCAUACAUGGACCAGCGUUUCAUUACCAUAAUUACUGCAAUUAACGAACUUCAGUGACCGACCUACAAGGCUAUCUGCAUCCUGUGUGCAUGUUGGUUUUUGGUUAUCAUACAUAAAUCGCAUGCAUGUACUAGUCGUUUCUACGCAGAAUACCUUGUCCAUUUCAAUUCUGAAUGCCCAAUUUUGGUGAUCUCCGAAGGGUUUUU